GCCAUGCGCCAGUCUGUGCCGCCGCAGGUCUUUGUCCGCCCGGCAUCGGCGCGCUAUGGCUCUCGCCGCCGUCCGUCCCGCGCUGCCAGCGCUCCUGGCCCUCAUCGGAGCUCUGCUCCCAGGACUCGGAGGUGCCCAAACCUCAGUGCACCCCCCCAACGCCAUCAUACCCCGAGGAGGCACUGUGCGGGUGAACUGUAGCAGUUCUUGUGACCAUCCCUCUUUCUUGGGCCUGGAAACUCAGCUGACUAAGACGGAAGUGGCUCAUGGGGACAACUGGAAGACCUUUGAACUGAGCGAUGUGCAAGAAGAUAGCUCUCCAAUAUGCUUCUCACAAUGUCAAACACAGACGAUGGAUCAGAUGCACCUCACCGUGUACUGGUUGCCGGAGCGCGUGGAGCUGGCACCCCUACCCACCUGGCAGCCCGUGGGCGAACACCUCACCCUGCGCUGCCUGGUGGCUGGCGGGGCGCCUCGGGCCAACCUCACGGUGGUGCUGCUCCGCGGGGAGGAGGAGCUGAGCCGGCAGCCGGCCGUCGGGGAGCCCGCGGAGGCCACGGUCACGGUGCUGGCGGGCAGAGACGACCACCUCGCCAGUUUCUCGUGCCGCACGGAACUGGACCUGCGGUCCCGAGGGCUGGAACUGUUCCAGAACAGCUCGGCCCCUCAGCAGCUGCGAACCUUUGUCCUGCCAGCGAAGCACCCAAACCUUGCCACCCCCAGGGUUGUGGAAGUGGGGGCAGAGUGGCCUGUCGACUGCACCAUGGACGGGCUGUUCCCAGCUUCAGAGGCCCAAGUCCGCCUGGAGCUGGCGGGCCGGAAUCUGCACCUCAAAGUCACGCACGACAAGGACUCCCUGUUGGCCACGACCAAUGACAAGGCAAACAUGGAAGAGGAGGGCACCCAGCACGUGUCAUGCGUGGUGACGCUGGGGAACCAGAGCCGGUCCUGGCGGGAGGAUGUGACCUUCUACAGCUUCCCGGCUCCCAACCUCACCCUGAGUGAGCCAGAGGUCUCCGAAGGGACCAUGGUGACCGUGGAGUGUGAAGCCCAUCCCGGGGUCACGGUGAUGCUGAGUGGGGCUCCAGCACCGUCUCCGGGACCCAGGGCCCAACUCCAAUUAAACGCCAGUGCCGAGGACAACGGGCGCCUCUUCUCCUGCGCUGCCACCCUGGAGGUAGACAGACAGGUGGUGUACAAGAACCGGACCCGGAAGCUCAGUGUCCUGUAUGGCCCCCGACUAGACAAGAGGGAUUGUCUGGGAAACUGGACGUGGCAGGAAGGAUCCCAGCAGACCCUGAAGUGCCAGCCUUGGGGCAAUCCAGUUCCUGAGCUGAAAUGUCACCGGAAGGGGGAUGGUGCUCCGCUGCCCACUGGGGACCUGAGGCCUGUCAAGCGGGAGGUUUCGGGCACUUACGUGUGUGAGGCCAGGAGCCCCCGCGGUGAGGUCAUCCGUGAAGUGGUCGUGAACGUGAUCUACCACCGGAAUCACAUCCUCACCACCAUUCUGGUGACCAUUGCUUUCACCGUAGGAAUCACGAGCCUAGCCGCUUACCUCUAUAACCGUCAGCGAAAGAUCCAGAAAUACAAGUUACAGAAGGCCCAGGAGGCAGCUGCCAUGAAGCUGAACACACCGGCCACGCCCCCCUGAACCUGUCCGGGAAGGGGGCUCCUCCUCGGCCCUCCCCCCACGAUGAUGCCACAUUGAACAGUGGCAGUCACAAGCCAUUCAGCUCCACCCACCUUCCCAGGACUCCCGGGGACAGAACCGAGGCCUCAGGAUAGAGACAGCAUUUGGGAUCGAGGCACAUGCACACUUUGGAUCCCCAAGCCUCACACCUGACCUGUCGCCACAGGACUGAGCCACGAGGAGGGGACGAGAUUUUGGGUCGUGACUGUGAAGGGUGCGGAAGCCUGUCCUGGCCAGAGGGUGUGUGGUGGGACACUUAACACGGGGCACCCAGCUGGGAAACAGGGAAACCCACCCCCCAGUCCUAGAGAGAAGUGGCCUGCACAAACACCCACAGCAUGGAGACACAUGUCCCCGUCCUUCCUCUGACAGAUACCAGCCCCAACGCUGCUGUCCAUGGACUGUCCCCAACUUUGGAUGAUGAUGUAUUUAUUAAUUUGUUCUCCUGCAGGCUAUUUAUUGAGUGCCUUUUAUGUGGGCUAAAAUGGUAAAGAAAAGGAACGUAGGUUCCUGUCCUCAGGGAGCCCUCAGUCUAAUCUCAUUCAGGGCCGCCAGGUACAGUUGUACUGGCUGCGCACUGCAACGGAGUGUGUGGCAAAAAGAUCAGCUGGGGCUGGAAUUUCCUACUCCAUUGUCUAAGCUGCUUUCCCCCAGAAGGGGACUGGCAGCAGUGAUAAGGUUUCAUUGGUAACCUGCCCAGGGAUAACCCACUGAGCCCUUACCGCACCCCCCCAUCUCUGACACUGACCUGUUAACCACCCCUCUGCCCAUGAGCGUGUCCGCGAGUGCUCACAGUGGCACGUGGCACGCCCACUCACUGGCAGCUAAACCAUGGAGUCCCAUGAAACUGCCCAACCCCUGUGUGUCCCUGCUUUGUCUACCUGGUUCCAUCCCAGUGGGACCAUGCAAGAACAGAGCACUCCGCAACUCCAAAUUCCUGUGGGGACGAGGACCCUGCUGGCAGUCGGGUGGAGAGGCCUGGGAGGAUCCCCUCCCAGUUCCGGAAGCCUCUUUUUUGUGCUAAUAAAGCUUUUUCUCGUG